AUGUCUUCCGUCGAGGGUGCUACCGCUGCUCCGGCUGCAGGCCAGAACGGUGCCGGCGAUGCCCCAACGCAGAAUGGCGCACCUGCCCUCAAUACCAAUGUGGCCACCGAGGGUUCCAACGACAACGAUGUCCAGACCCCCUUCUCCGCCACCCCCAACAACCCUGCCCAUUCUGCCUCGCUUUAUGUCGGCGAGCUCGAUCCCUCCGUCACCGAAGCCAUGUUGUUCGAGUUGUUCUCCUCCAUCGGUCAAGUCGCCUCCAUCCGGGUUUGCCGUGAUGCGGUCACUCGCCGCUCGCUCGGCUACGCCUACGUCAACUACAACAACACUGCUGAUGGAGAGCGCGCUCUCGAAGAUCUCAACUACACAAGCAUCAAGGGCCGUCCUUGCCGUAUCAUGUGGUCUCAACGAGAUCCCGCCUUGCGAAAGACUGGCCAAGGCAAUGUCUUCAUCAAGAACUUGGACUCUGCCAUCGACAACAAAGCGCUCCACGACACCUUCUCUCAAUUCGGCAAUAUCCUCAGUUGCAAAGUCGCCCAGGAUGAGCUUGGCAACUCAAAGGGCUACGGCUUUGUUCACUACGAAACUGCCGAGGCCGCCACCUCUGCAAUCAAGUCGGUCAACGGCAUGUUGUUGAACGACAAGAAGGUCUUCGUUGGUCACCACAUCGCCAAGAGAGAUCGUCAGAGCAAGUUCGAGGAGAUGAAGGCAAACUUCACAAACGUCUACAUCAAGAACAUCGAGGAGUCGGUCACCGAUGAAGAGUUCCAAAAGCUGUUUGAGACAUAUGGUGACGUGAUCUCCGCCACCAUCACUCGCGACGAGAGUGGCAAGAGCCGUGGCUUUGGCUUUGUCAACUAUACCAGUCACGAGGCCGCCGCCCAGGCAGUUGAUGACCUCAAUGAUAAGGAGUUUCAUGGAAAGAACUUGUACGUCGGACGUGCACAAAAGAAGCAUGAACGAGAGGAGGAGCUGCGCAAGCAGUAUGAGGCUGCUCGCAUGGAAAAGGCAUCCAAGUACCAAGGCGUCAACUUGUAUGUCAAGAAUUUAACUGACGAUGUUGAUGACGACAAGCUCCGGGACCUCUUCAGCAGUUAUGGAACCAUCACUUCUGCCAAGGUCAUGCGUGACAGUGCUGAACGUACUGAUUCCCCAUCUGGUGACAAAGAUAAGGAAAAUAAGAAGGAUGACCCCGAGGAGAAACCGAGCUCCGAAGAUGAGAAAAAGGAGGAAUCUCAAGAUGAGAGUAAAGACACUGACGGCAAGAAAGACACCAGAGCCAGCGGCCAGCGACUCUUCGGAAAGAGCAAGGGAUUCGGCUUCGUCUGUUUUAGCAAUCCUGAUGAAGCCUCAAAGGCUGUGUCCGAAAUGAACCAAAAGAUGAUCAAUGGCAAGCCCCUUUACGUCGCUCUUGCCCAACGCAAGGAUGUUCGCAAGAAUCAGCUCGAGGCUAGUAUCCAAGCUCGCAAUACCUUGCGCCAACAGCAGCAAGCCGCCGCUGCCGGCAUGCCUCAGGGCUAUAUCCAACCCGCUGUCUUCUAUGGUCCUGGUCAGCAAUUCCUUCCUCCGGGAGCUGCUCAACGCGGUGGCAUACCCUUUGCAGGACAGCCUGGAAUGGUUAUCCCUGGUAUGCAAGGUGGUCGUGGACAGUUUCCUGGUAUGCAACAAGGCGGUGGUCGCGGGCUUCCCCAAGGCCAACAAUUCCCUCCUCAAUUCGGUCUACCUGGUCAAAUGCCAUUUAUGCAGAACCCCGCUCUUGUCAACGGCAUGUACAGCAAUCCUCAAGCACUUGCCCAGAUGCAGGCACAAAUGGGCCGUGGUGGUGGCCGAGGUCAGAUCCAAAAUAUCCCCGGCAUGCCUCCCAAUAUGCAAGGAAUGCCUGGCCCGCGUGGAGGACCAAACUUCAACCAAGGUGGCGGUCGCGGAAUUCAAAACAUCCCCGGCGGUCAAGGUGCUCGUCUUCCGCCCUCGGGCCGUGGACAAGGUAACGCACCCAACCGGGAUGAGGCAGCAGCUGCCCCAAGCAAUCUCUCCAAUCUCGCCUCCCUCCCUCACAGCCAACAGAAGCAAAUCUUGGGCGAGGCCAUCUAUCCCAAGAUUCAAUCGUUGCAGCCCGAACUUGCCGGCAAGAUCACUGGUAUGCUUCUUGAAAUGGACAAUUCCGAGCUUGUCACUUUGGUUGACGAUGAUGCUGCUCUGCGUGCCAAGGUUGACGAGGCUCUCAGUGUCUAUGAUGAUUACAUGAAGUCGAGGACUACCGAGGGACCGAAUGGCACCAAGGAAGAGGAUGGCACCAAGGCUGAAGGCGCCGAAGCGACUGCUGCUUAG